GGAGGGGAAACUGCUACUUAAAGACAUACAGUCAGAAAGGACAAAGACUUCAGACAGCAAUAUUUGUCUAUUGUUCUGGUAACAGUUAAGCUCUUCUUUAACCUUGGAAUCAUACCUCAGUCACCAGGCUCCUAUGAAUAUGAAAUGACUGAAUCAAACUAAGGCAGUCCAAACGCUUUUCAUAAUUAAAAACCUUGUAACUUUUUGUUAGCUUAGAAGAACAAAACUUCUAAAGUGUUUGAGAGAUGGGAUUAGAGACAUGUGGAAACUGUUUGAGUUGUCUGCUAAUCCCUCUUGCGCUCUGGAGUAUUGUUGUUAACAUCCUAUUAUACUUCCCUAAUGGGAAGACUUUAUAUGCUGCCAGUUACCAGCUUCCCAACUACGUUUGGUAUUUUGAAGGGAUCUGUUUCUCAGGUGUGAUGAUCCUUCUGUUAGCAGUAAUUCUAAUAACACUGGAGAGUAACUUGUUCUAUCGGUGCUGCCAGAGCGAGAGCUGUAACAAAACCUACAGGAGUUUUAUUUCAAUUGUACUAGCCCUGCUUGGAAUUGCUUUCUCCGGGUACAAUUGCAUCAUUUCUGUCUGGGGGUUAAUCCAAGGCCCCUUUUGCAAUUCAUCAACUGGAUGGGAUUAUAUCUUCAAAGACACUGCUGGAAGGUACCUCACAGAUUACUCUGCUUGGUCUCGGUGCACCGAACCUGCAAACAUAGUGGAAUGGAACAUCAUUUUACUCUCUAUCCUAAUAGCACUUAGUGGACUUCAGAUGAUCAUCUGUUUCCUCAAAGUGGCUGCUGAGUUGAAACGGACACUCUGUGGGACCUAUUCUGUCUUUGUUCAGGCUGGGAUUAUCUGAAAUGGCAAGAAAGUCUUCACUGCUGCAAAAUCAAGAGAAGAGAGAAAUGGCUUCUCCAGCAUUUGUUAUGGUAGAUUUGGGUGCUGCGAAGACAAAUGAAACACUUGUCUUAAAUUUUUCUCCCUCAAACCUUUAUAUUUUGGAUAAAGUUUUUUGAAUUGUUUAAUGGCUAAAUGCUGAACACCUGCAUUUUCCUAAAGAGGCACUGUUUUCUAACUUGUCUGGUUGUCCCUGGCAGUGACUCUCUAUUUUUUCUUUUGACUCUCCAACUUGUUCUGACAAUAGGGAUGUUUGAAUACCGUGGGACUGCUUUCAUACUGAAACUUCCUUUUCUGAGUAAACUGCUGUAUAUAAGCGUACUCCUCUUCUUUCUCCUCUCUUUGUUUAUAAUGGAGGAACACUUCUUGUUCUGAAAGAGCCUGAUUCAAAGUCUACUAUGGCAGGCAUUAUUCUCCUGAGAAUUAGUAUGCUGAAUCAAGCCUUGACACUUCUAAAUGACUAAUUUUAAUUACAGACAGAACCAUUAUGGUCAUGAAAGCAGUAGUCUGACCUAUUCUAUCUAGAAACUUUUUAACUGCACGAAGUGGUUACUGAAAAUUACUGUAGAGCCUUCUUGAGGUACAGCUUGUAGAAAGACACCAAGGCCUGAUUUAAGAUUAGAUACAUAGCUCUGAAGUCAGCUGUGCUAAUUAGUAUGCUGUGAUAGCUGUGCUGGAUUUCUUCUUCUUUUGAUGUUCAAAGGCAGGCUUUUUUUUUUCUUUCUUUCUUUCUUUUUCUUUCUUUCUUUCUUUUUUUUCUUUUUCUUUCUUUUUUUUUUUUUUUUGAACAAAUGCUACAAGAAUUAUUAGGGAACCCUGUGAGUACCAAACACUAACUGGUAAAUGCCAUGACUUUGCUGCAUUGGAGGGGUAACAUGCUUGCUGAUAAUAAUCAGAUGAAAAAGAAUCAUCUUUUAAAAAUUAACAGUUAAAAAGUUUUGUUAAUGUCCUCAAAGAAUUAUUUCAUUUCCAGUGGAAAUUCAGUCAUUUACAGGGAGGCAUGAUAAGAAGGUAUAUGAUUACAAAAUGGGAUUUCUUUGCAACUGUACACUUGGUUUUCUAUAGGCUUACAGGUAUGUCGUACCGUAUGUGAUAAUCCUAUAUUCUGAGAAGGGAAAACAAAAAAUUUGUCAACCCUUACCUACCAAAUAGCUUGCAGAAUCUGGCAGGUUUCGUGACUGCAAACCAUAUAAUUGAUUAUUUUGAGAAUGUUAGAAAUAUCUGGAAAAGAUUUUGGUUAUUUGAAUGAAAAAUAGUAUGCAUGGGAUACACAUUCAGAGCAGAAAACGCCCAGAAUUGCAAAAUAUUCCGUAGAUGAAUGGCUCCAUCUUACUGAGGAAAGAAAACAAAGAGGGUAUUCUUUUCAGGGUCCAGCCCGGUCAUAGGGAAAAUACAGAUUUAUCUUUAGGCAAACAGGGUCUGUUUAAGUAGAUCUGCUGGAUAAAACCAAUGAAAUACCUACAGUUUGCACCUGGAAACUCUUAACCCCUUCUCCUGCUCUUAACUGUCCUUUUCUCCACUUUCCCAAACGUUUGUCUCUGACAAUGAAAAGUUUUGAGUUUGACUGUUAGGAAACACAAGGAAAAGUUUCACAUUUUUUUCCACAGGGAUAUUGUUAGUGCUGGAAUUAGCCAUGGAUACAGAUCAGCUGACUUUGUUUCAUGUAUUAUUGUGAUUGUGUCCUGUGAACCUACAUUUCCUCUCUACCUCUGGCUUGUAUCUCUUAUUUCUGUGGCUUAAAUCAAAGAAUACACUGUGUAAUUUGGUUAUUUUUAAAA